AUGCGCAGCCGAGCAGCGGUCAACGAAAUAGAGGAAUUCCAGACACUAGAGGACUCGCCGGACGCGGUCACGAUCUCCACCACUAGUGUAAGAAAUAAACGGGAAUACAUUUAUGCAGAACUAAAAAUAUAUCAUGGCUGCCGAUGCGAACGCGUGGAUCACAUUUCUGAACUUAAGCUUACGUCCUAUACGUUGCGUCAUGAGUGCACUGGUACUGAAUUGUGGCAUAUCGACCGAAAUGAUGCUAGUAACGUAUUUUCCAUUAAUUUUCGAACAACACCUUUUGAUUCUACUGGCCUUCCAAAUAUAUUAGAGCACUUAUCGUUAUGCGGUUCAAAAAAAUUUACUGUCCGGAAUCCUUUCUUUAAAAUGCUUAAUCGCUCGGUAGCGAGGUUUAUGAAUGCAAUGACUGGACCGGAUUAUACGAUUUAUCCCUUUUCCACUAUUAAUGAGAUGGACUUUAGGAAUUUGCAGCGCAUUUACUUGGAUGCCGUAUUUAGGCCGAAUCUUGCGUAUUUGAAUUUUCUCCAAGAGGGCUGGAGACUUGAGAAUAAGGAUAUACAUGAUAAAAAUUCACAGAUUGUGAUCAAAGGAGUGGUUCACAACGAAAUGAAGGUAGCCUUUGGUCAGAGUCUACUUAGUAAUGUUUUUCCUGACCAUACAUAUGGUCAUGUGUCUGGGGGGAAUACAUUAGAUAUACCUCAGUUAUCUUAUUCUGAUUUAGUUGAUUUUCACAAAAAAUACUAUCAUCCAAGUAACUGCCGUAUAUACUCCUACGGCUUAUUUGAUCCAAACAAAACACUACAACUUCUUGAUAAAGAGUAUUUAUCAAAGCAAACUUGGAUUGACAACUCGUACAGGCGGAUACCUCAGCAAGAGAGAUGGACAAAAGCGCGCAACGUUCACAUUUCGAGUAGACUAGAUAAUAUGGGUGCGACAAUUGAUAAGCAGAACCAAAUCGCUAUCGCGCUGCUAAUGUGUGACUUGACCAACAUUCACGAAAGUUUUGAAUUAAAUGUCCUGUCUGAGGUACUAAGACCCAACUCUGCAUUUUUCAAAAACCUAAUAGAACCAAACUUUUCUGGCGGUUACAACCAAUGCACAGGAUAUUUAUCGAACUCUAAGAACACAGCUUUCGUCGUGGGAUUACAAGAUCUUCGAGUUAAAGACUUUACGAAGUUUAUCGAACGUUUUGAUCAAACCAUUUUUAACGCUAUGGCUUAUGGGUUUGAGUCACAGCACAUCGUCACUAAGACACCAGAGUUCCAACUUCGGAAUAUUGUUGUUGCUUAA